GUUUGCAAAAUCGGCUCGAAUGUUAAUUGGCGGCGACAGCGGCGCGGCAAAAAAAAAAAAGUAUGUCGGUAUUUGUCAGUCGUCGUCGUUUCCAGCCUGACGGUCGUUACAACGACAUCAACUUGUAAAAUCCACGAUAAAAUAAAGUUGUUGUGUUGUUGGAAAAUCAUCUUUUUUUUCGCGAAUGAAUGAGAAACGUUGUUGUAACAAAUAAUCUCUCUGCCAAUCAGCGACCGGUCGUUGUUGGAGAAGACGCGCGCGUAACUCGACUUCGAUGUUUUAUUGUGUAUAUAUACCACUCUGUAUAGUGUAUAUUUUAAGAGUUUUUAAGAAUAGUUUAAUUAUCCCCUAAACUCGAUUAUCAUUAGGUCAAUAUUCCUCCAAUUAAAAUUGUUUUUCACUUUUUCAGUGUAUAUAUAUAUUAAUAAAAGUGUCCAUGAAGAGAAAAUGUUGAUUCGAGGGCAUCGCUAUAAGAAAACAGGAUAGAACUUUAAAACGCCGAUAGCCCACUCGCUCUCACACACAUACACACACACACACAAACAUCCACACACAUACAAACAAACAUGAAACAAGCUUGUGUUCGCAUCUUUUCGUUUUAAUUAAUUUUACGGUUUAUAAAAACGAAACAUUGUUGGAUUAAGAAAAUUUUCAAUAUACAGUGAAUAGUGAAGUGUCGCGUAGUUUUCUUUUUCCCCGCAAACGACGAUAUAACGAAUCGUCGCUAUUGUGUGGAAAUUGUUGAAUAAUCAAAAAAAAGCAAAUAAAAUCAACCACCAAAAGAGGUGAUAUUAUAAAAUGUCGCCCUUUCGUUAGUGUUGCCACGCCGUGCCGGUUUUGUGUCUCUUUGUGUGUGUUAUUUUUUUAUCUCGAGAAAAAUUAAGGAGAAAAAAAUUAUUUUUUUUUUAUAAUACAAAAAAAAAGGAACGAUCAAGGCUAACCUAAAAAAUCAUUUUCGUUUUGCGCCCUCUCGUGCCCGCUAGUUUCGUUAUUAUUUUUUUUCAUAAUAUUCGCUUCGUUUCGCGUUUCGGAUAAAAACUCGUCCAUUUUUCGAAGUUUGAUUUUGGGCAUUUUUUUUUUUGGUUUUUUUUAACGAAUCGAGUAGUAAAGAAGUUUGUCGAAAAUUGACAGACUUUAAACGGGGGAAAUAAAGUCGAUUUUAUUGUGUGACUAUGAAGUGGCUAAGUGCGGGAAGCGCUGCUAGUGUUGGUGGGGGCGGGGGUGCAGGUGAACCGGCACCCCCGAUGCAGUUACACCAUCCAGCAAAUGGACACAUACCUGUUGAUUCUGAUCAGGGUACUCAAAUUAUGGCUGGUGGUGAUGGAGUAAGAAUUCAAAGUGGACAAACUCAUCAAAUGGGAAUCAGCAGACCUCAAGACGAUGCAAUGGUUGGCUACGUUUUUCAACGACCAAUCGAAGCGGAUUUUAAUGCUCAGUCUUCUGGAUUUCACAAUAAACAAGCACCUCGUGCUUGGGCAUUGGCUGAUGAAGCCAAUAUUGAUAGUAGUCAAGAAAAAUGGAAAUAUCCAUUGAAUAAACUUGGUCUUUUACAACAGAAUCAACCACAACAACUUGGAUUACAAACUAUGAAUAACGUUCAUACUGUACCAUACGAAAUUCAUCCAAUGCAAUUGAAGAGUGCAAAUCCAAGUGCAGAACAUCUUGUUUAUUUGAACAACCAGAUGACUGCUCAGCAACAAGUAGCUUUAUUUCAUCAUCAACAGCAACAGCAGCAGCAACAACAACAACAGCAACAACAAUUUCGAAAUGGACAGGUGUCGUUCACUGGCGGAGUAUCGAUCGCUCCCUCGGCAAAGAAACUCUGGGGUGUGGACGAGGGUGGAUCGAAAGAUGAAGGUGGUGUAAAAGGUGGUGGGAUAUUACACUUGGACGCCCAUCAAAUGUGGAGGGAUUCAACUUGGAGUACAUCAGAUCAUGCAGUAUCACAACCAAUAUCUAUGGGAGCAGGUAGAAGAAUGGCUGUAAGCACUGGCUUCCACCAUCAAGCCUCGGAAGUAGGAGCCGUUCUCAGUCCUAGAAGCAGUGAAACUGGUGGACUUGGCGUGAAAAUGGUGGAAUAUGUUCUCGGUGGUUCCAGUCCAACAACACCAAAAGACUUGGACCCAAGAAUGGUUUCUCUUAGAUUAAAUACUGACGCUGAUAAGAAAGAAAAGGAAAAAGGUUCUACGAGUCCGUUUGAUGGCUCGAAAGAUGACAAUGGUCCUCAAGGCAAUGGACUUACAUCGCAAAAUGGUUUAGAUGAUGACAAAGGGUUUAAUCGUACACCGGGAAGUCGACAGCCAUCACCGGGUGAAGAGGAAUUUCAAAAAAAUGCAGCCACUCUGGCCGUAACCGCUGGAGGGGGUGGUGUUGUAUUGUUGAAGCCAGGUGUCGAUGUUGUCGGUAGUGAAGAACAUUUUAUGGCAGCAUUUGCACCUGCACCGCCUCAUCAUUUGCAACAUCAUCAAGCUCCACAAACCCAUCAUCUUCAGCAUCCGCAUUCACAGCUUUUUGGCGCUCAGGGACCACCGCCACCGCAAGGUCCACCGCCCUCUCAACAACAGCAACAACAACAAGGACCUCCACAACCUCAAGACAACACCACACACUUUGAUGUACAGCAAUUGUUUCGAAGUCAACCGCAGGGAGCAACACCACAACAAUUACAAUUACUUCAACAGCAACAGCAGCAACAACAACAGCAGCAACAAUUUUUAGCAUCGCAAGCUCAACAACAACAGCAGCAACAGCAACAGCAAAAUUUUCCAACUGCACCUUAUACUGUUAUUAGUGGACAAGAGCCAUAUGUUGGAGCAUUAAUUGCAGGCGCACCACCAGUUGUGCCUCAAUAUUAUAAUGUUGGUCCAUGGGUGUAUCCUGGUUUAUUGCCACAAGCACCACCACAAGCACAAGCACCACCACCACCUAGACGACCAUUAACACCAUCUUCGGCUGCUGCAGCGGCCGCUGCUGCGCAAGAUUCAGCUAAUCUUGCACAAACGGUGCAAGGUCAAUACCAAGUUAUACCCGCUUACUAUGAAGUGGGUCAAAAUGGGUCGAUUAUGGUUGGCGGAGUGCGUGGCUUAGGAUCGGCAGCAACACCAAUGCGUCUUGUCAGUCCGGCACCAGUUUUGGUUAAUAGAGCACCAUCGCAGCCACCUCAAGGCCCUCAAGCACCUCCACCGCCUAGUAUUUAUUCACAACCUACCCCAACGUCUCACAGUAAUGCAUCAGGAGAAUGUUUAGGUCUGGCGGCGUGCAGUGCAGCAGCAGUGGUUGCUCAAGCUCAGGCAGUAGCCGUGCAACAAGCGCAACAACAAGGAUCGGGAUUGACCGCUGGUCUUGCAGCUUUGGGCUAUGGUGGCUCUCCACUUGGUGCUCUCGGCUCACCAGCGCAACUUCAGACAACAGGAUUAGGUCUCAGCACAUCAUCUACAGGAAGAAGGGAUUCUUUUGACAGAAAUACAUCAGCAUUCAGUCCAAGCUUAGAAUACAGUCGUGCUAAAUGGCCUCAAAGUUAUGGUGCACUCGGAACAGUGACAGCAUCUCCGAGUCCUUUGGGAUUGUCCUUGACACCGCCACCAUCAAUUGGAGGUUCCUUAGGCGGUUUAGUUGGUGGAACAAAUAGAGUUUCCGCUGCACCAGGAGCAGAAGCAAAAUUCCGAACAAGCACAGUACCAACUCUCACAGCAAAUGGUGUUUUUGGAUCCAGUAGUUCUCUGUUUCCAAAUUUGGUUGGCAAACCCGGUAGAGGUGGUACCAGUGGUGUUGGCGAAAAAAGCACAGGAGGAAGAUCACGUCUACUUGAGGACUUUCGAAAUAAUAGGUUUCCAAGUUUACAAUUGCGUGACUUGGCGAAUCAUAUAGUUGAAUUUAGUCAAGAUCAACAUGGAUCGCGUUUUAUACAACAAAAAUUGGAACGUGCUUCUGCUAGUGAAAAACAACUUGUCUUUCAAGAAAUUCUUGCCUCAGCAUAUUCCCUCAUGACUGAUGUAUUCGGCAAUUAUGUCAUUCAAAAGUUCUUUGAAUUUGGAACACCCGAACAAAAAUCAACACUUGCGCAAAAGGUACGAGGACACGUUUUACCGUUGGCAUUGCAAAUGUAUGGAUGUCGCGUCAUUCAAAAGGCAUUGGAAUCAAUUGGACCAGAGCAACAACAGGAAAUUGUACGCGAACUUGAUGGUCAUGUUCUUAAAUGUGUAAAAGAUCAAAAUGGAAAUCAUGUUGUUCAAAAAUGCAUCGAAUGUGUGGAACCGCGAGCUUUACAAUUUGUGAUUGGCGCCUUUGCUGGACAGGUUUAUUCCCUCAGUACACAUCCUUAUGGAUGUCGUGUUAUUCAACGUAUUUUGGAGCAUUGUACACCCGAGCAGACACAGGGAAUUCUUCAGGAACUUCAUUCAGCCACCGAUCAACUUAUUCAAGAUCAAUAUGGAAAUUAUGUUAUUCAACAUGUUCUUGAACAUGGUAAACCUGAAGAUAAAGCACAAUUAAUCAGCAGUGUAAGAGGAAAAGUUUUGGCACUUUCACAACACAAAUUUGCGAGCAACGUUGUUGAGAAAUGUGUGACACACGCUACAAGACAGGAACGUGCUGUACUCAUUGAAGAAGUUUGCGGAUUUAAUGACAAUGCAUUGAAUGUAAUGAUGAAAGAUCAAUAUGCAAAUUACGUGGUACAAAAGAUGAUUGACGUUGCCGAGCCAGCGCAACGUAAAGUAUUGAUGCAUAAAAUUCGACCACAUUUGGGCAGUCUUCGCAAGUACACCUAUGGAAAGCAUAUAAUUGUGAAAUUAGAGAAAUUUUUCAUGAAAACAGCAUCGGCAAUGGGAGUAUCGACACCGGCAAAUGCAUCGACAGGUGCCGGCGAUUUAGGACCCAUUGGACCACCCGCAUCAUCCGCAGGACCAGUUCCAACACCAGCCCAACAAACAACUCAAGUCCUAUAAAAAGCGAGAAAAAGGGGAUAAAAAACAAAACAACAAUUUCUUUCUAAGUCGUAUUUCAAAUUGAAUAAGCUUUUUACGACAGUUUUUCUUGCACGAAGACAAUUUUUAAAUAUCUUAAUAAUAAUAAAUAUUAAUAAUUAUUAAUAAAUAGUAAUUAAUAAUAAUAGCCGGAGAAAAAAAAAAAAAAAAAAAAAGUAAUUUGUGCGCAGCUUCAUAUUUUAUAUUGCUUGAAUUUCUGUCAUGGAAAGUUCGAUACAUUUUAUUUCCAUUUUUGAAAUCGACUUCAAAAUUGAAUUUCUUUUUUUCCGAUUUCUUUGUUUUCGAAAAGAAAAAAAAGAAAGUUGCAUCUAUAUAUAUAUAUAGCUAUAGAGACCAUAUAUAGUGCUUUAUUAUCGUUGAUCGCAAAUUUAAGCGAUUAUUAUUUUUUUUUUUUCUUUCCAUCGGAAAAAAAUAGAAACUGGCUUUAGGAGCCGAACCGCAUAUUUUUUUUUUUUAAAUUAGGAAUAGCGUUUUAGACGUUCGACGUGGGAGUGAAAUCGAGAGCGUCCCCGACAUUAAAAACUCUUUGACCCGACUCUGUCCCGAUGUGUUGCCGCUUUGGAAGAGUUAUAAAAUUAGAAAUAAUAAAAGAAAAAAUAAAAAAACGUAAAAGAUCGACGAGAAGAGGCCAAGAGAGGUUCCUCUGAAUUUUUUUCAACCCCCGAGAGAAAACGUAUUACAGAAACAUUUUUCACGAGGUUUUUUUUUUUUUUUUUUUUUAAUUUCCUCGUUUUUUCUGUCUUUCUACCUCUCUUCUUUUACUUUCUUUUUUUUUAAGACUUGUGAAUAUUGUGUAUUAUAUACGAUAAAAAUUAACAUAUUUUUUUUUGCUUACGAUUUUUCUCACCAUUUUUUCCACAAUUUGCAAAAAAUAUUUGCAAAAUAAAUCGGAAAAUCGUUUUUUACCCCCCCUUUCUAUUUUUCACAAUGUAGAUGAAACUCAAUUGUAUAUUGUAUAAACGUUGUAGAAGUAAAGAAAAAAAAACCGCCGCUCAAAUCGACGAAUCAUACAGCGUGUAAAAUAGCCUUUAAAACUUCUCCUCCCAUUUUUUUUUAGCGCCUUCCAUGGAUUUUCGACGAUUUUAUAUAUAAAAAAAAAGAAAAAAUCUCGGCGGGGAAAAACUGAAAAUUUGUACAAUGUAUAAUAAUUUUGUUAAAUGUAGUUGUUAUUAAAAAAAAAACACGGGAAACCUGUUUUCUGUAUAAAUUUACAAAAAAGAGAGAAAUAUAGGAGUUUUUUUUUUGUUUUUCUUGUAAAAUAUUGUACAUAUUACGAUUUAUUAAGAGUCGAUAAAUUUCUAUUUAAAAAAAAAAACAACUUUCGCUCUUUCUUCUUGCCGAAAGUGUCAUUAUUUGUAUAAAAGAAAAAAAAAAAAAGUGAAAAACAAAAAUAGUGGUAAAAAAAAAAAAAAUACAAUUCCCGCGUCGAUGAGGAAAAUGAGAAAAAUCGUCUUUAAAUCCAAAUGGGAGAAUUAUGACAAAAUUCCACAUUACAGACAGACAUUCCAGUCACCGUCUCUCGAGUCGCUUCGUCGAUAUAAAUAUAAAUAUAAAUAUAUAUAUAAAUAUAUAUAUGAUAAUAUAAAUAUGAUAGUACCUUGAACGUAUUGUUAAACGUUGUAAUUUUUAAGAACUGACGACAUAUAUAUUUCCUUUAUAAAUGUAAAUCGCGCGUCACUUUUUGUAAAAACAAAUUUAGAAGGAAACAAAUUUUUGCCUUUCUACAUUUUCACAUCUUUAUUCAUUUUUCUCAACUCUCAAUAUUGCCAAACGAAAUACAUUUUUAUAAUUAAAGGCAAAAAAAAAAAAAAGAAAAAAAGAAAAAUAGCGAUAUAUGUCCCUCUCUCCCCCCCCACGUCUAAUAUAUAUGUUAAUUUUACAUUCUUACUCUUUAUAUAUAUAUUAUAUAUAUAAUAUAAUAAUAUAUAUAUUGAAAAAAAUAAUUCAAAUAAAUAUUUAUUUGACAAUGGUUCAUUGAGCCAAAUAAUAUUUUUUUCAGUCUAUUGUAUAUUUAUAUGGGAAAUUCCAUGUGAGAUUUCGGUUUAAAAAAAAAAAUUUUUUUAACUAGGUAGAUUUUUUUCGAAUUUUUUAUGAAAAAUGGGAAAAUACAUGUUUUUUUAUUUCUCUAUUCGAUAAAAAUUGUGGAAGUUGUGAUUUUUUUUAAAUUUAACGGCGUCAGAGGCCGACUACAUUUAAAAUGUGAUUUUUUCUGUUCUGCUAGCAGAUAAAAAAUAAUAUAUAUGAAAUUUGUUCGAUUUCUCUUUAAUAUUUUAACUAUAAUAACAAAAAAAAAAAUAU